AUGUAUAUAUCCGCUCUUCUUUCUUGCCUUUUAUGCGCUGUUGCACUGGCUAAAGACAAAGCCAAGACAAGCGGCACGGUGUGGGUGACGCCCCACGAGAGCUACUCCUCGUCCGUUGGUGUGCUGGGUUGCAAGAUCAACACCGACCGUGUCGCGUACUGGCCCGCCUCCGUGGAUUGCACCAACAUCUGCGUGUCUCUCAGCUACGAGGACCGCGAGGUCAAGCUCCUCCGGAUCGACCAGUCCCAGGGUGCCUACGAUGUGAGCUACGACGCCUGGAACUGGCUCUACACGGGCAAGUCCGCGACGGACGAACCCACGGCCGGCGGCGCCGUUGAAAUGGAGUUUGAAAAUGUCAAGGCGUCCGAGUGCAAGAGCCUCAUCGAGACAGAGGGCAAGAAACUGCCCCUCAGCGCGGCCAACAGCAUGAAUUUCCUGGCAAGUUGUCUCGAGGACGAGAACAGCUGGGUCGCCGAGAAUUAUGUUCUCUUCAACAUUGCCGAUCCCAUCUGCUCACGCGGCCACGACGAGGAGUGCGACCUGGACUGGCCUGAUGCGAACCAGGCUACGUGCCCGCACACGCUGGGCGAUGCGCCAGAGCUCAAGGACGACCCUGUGUACAACGUGCGGUACCCUACCGGAGAGCGGUAUGAAGCCUCGACGGGGUUGGACGAAGAUGAUGCGGCGGGUAGUGUGGGCGUGUGGGCUGGCCUGCUGGCGGCGAUGGCAGUGUUUGUGAUGGUUUGA